AUGGCCCCCUCUGCCUGCUACUGCCUCCUCUACCUCCUGAUAGGGAGUCUGUCUGGGACCCCCUCCAGCUCCCUAGUUGAAUCAAGGAGCCCUCGGGUCCCAGCCUCCCCUCUCGCCUGCAGCUCCGGUGGCCCCGGGGAGGUGGUGGAGACUGCAGAUGGGAGAUGCGAGUUCCCGGGGCCGUGGCUGAGCUGGUGGCAGGCCCAGGAGUCCUGUGACCAGCGGUUUGGCCACUUGGCACGGACUCCAGAUGUGGUCCUCGCUUCACGCCUGCCCGACCUCAUCUGGGUGGCCCAAGGAAAGGCCCCUCUACAAAGAGCCCCACGGAGACGCGCAGGAACCACGGCGGCGCUGGUGUUCGGGGAGAGGACGGCGGACAGGGCGGCGCGGCUGCGGGCACCCGUGCCGGCGCUGGGGGCGCUGACGGCGUGCCUGCACGUGCAGUGGGGGGCCGCCGCGCCCGGCACCCGCACCCACCCCGCCGCGCUCUUCUCUCCGGCGGUCCCCGCGCUGCCCCACGCGCUGCAGCUGCGCGCCUUCGCCGAGCCGGGCGGCACCGUGCAUGCCGCGCUCGUGGUGCGCGGGCACCACGCGCCCUUCCUCGUCGCCUUCCACGCGGAUGGCCGCUGGCACCAUGUGUGUGCCACCUGGGAGCAGCGCGGCGGGCGCCGGGCGCUAUUCGCGGACGGGCGGCGGCGCGCGGGUGCGCGGGGACUGGGCGCGGGCCAGCCGGUGCCACCGGGGGGCAUCCUUGUGCUGGGUCAAGAUCAGGACUCUCUGGGCGGUGGCUUCUCGGCGCGUGACGCCUUCAGCGGCAACCUCACCGAUUUCCACCUCUGGGCCCGGGCACUGAGCCCCGCGCAGCUGCAGCGGGCACGGGCCUGCGCGCCCCCCCCGCCCCCCCCUCCCCCAGGCCUGCUCUUCCGCUGGGACUCGGGCGCCCUGGACCUCACGCCCUCACUGCUGCCGCCGGUGCGGGUGCGCCUUCUCUGUCCGGCGCCCUCAGAGGAGUGCCCCACGUGGGAGCCAGCACCCCAUCCACCCAGGCCCUGCCUCUGCUGCUACCGCACAGAGCCCUAUCAGCGGCUGCAGGACGCCCUGUCAUGGCCGGGCCAGGAUGUUAUCAGCUGAGUCAACGCCUUGGCCAGCGCCAUCGUGCUCCUCCCCGACCCCCUCUCUGAAGCCCUCGGAGACCUGUCCCUGGCCAAGGCCUCCAGCUUCCUAGGAAUCCUGGCGAGAGUCCUGGCAAAGGAGGCAACUCCCCCGGGCCCGGCCGCGCUGCUGGCUGUCGUGCACUUCCUGAGGAGGGUGACAGCCCUUGCGGCUGGGGAGCCAGAGCCCUGGACAGGACCCUGGGAGGAGCUGGGCCGGGGCGUCCUGUCUGUGGCCAGCCUGGUCCUGGAGGAGCAGCUGGCUGGUGCGUGGCUGUCCGUGAGCGAGGUGAGGCUAACAGAGCGGGUGGGGCAGGGCCUGGACUCUGGGGAGCCUGUGGCCAUUGUGGCCAUCACCCUGGCCGUGUCCCCCCAUGACUACGUGGCCACGGGCCACUGCUGGCUCAAUGUGCACACAGACACCAUCUGGGCCUUUGUGGGACCCGCGCUCUUCGUGCUGACUGCCAAUACCUGCAUCCUGGUCCACGUGGUGAUGGUCACCGUGUCCCGUGCCCGCCGCCAUGCCCGCAUGCUGAGCCCGCAGCCCUGCCUGCAGCAGCAGGUCAGGAUCCAGAUAUGGGCCUCAGUGAAGCCCGUGCCGGGCCUGCCCUGGCCAGUCGGCAUGCUGGCGCACCUCAGCCCGGCCUGGGCCGCCGUGGGCCUCAGCUCCUUCCAGGGCAGGGGGCCUUACAUCUUCCUGGUCUACGCCGCCUACAAUGGGGAGGUCCGGAGCGCCCUGCGGAGGGUGGCUGAGAAGAAGGCAGCCAGGCGCUUGUGGCUGUGGAGUGACAGCAUCCAAGGCUUCAGGUAG